AUGUCAGAAAUUGUGCCAGCGGAUUCCAACGAUGAUGAUUAUGCCAUCAGUACCAUCAACAUCGGUUCAGUUGGAUCUCAAGUUGCUGUUGGCGGUGUAUCUGGAUGGUGCAUUGGACACGUUUGCAAGCGGGUUGGAAUACUAGCCGCGACGACGCUUGGGGGCGGAUUGCUGGCUUUAAAGAUUGCAUCGGAUCGAGGAUACAUCAAAAUUAACUGGGGUCGUGUUAACACUGAUCUUCAGAGGGCAGCUGAUCGGCUUAAGGAAGCAACAAAUAAUCAAGAAAUAAGUUCUUCUCAAGCAAUGGAAGAAAUGAAAACAAAAGUAUGCUAUAAAUGA